AUGCGAGCGAUGUCGGGCUAUGAAGGUCAAGUGCUCGGGGACGAACCCAUGUAUGCGCUGCGCCAAAAGGAAGCGCCGAUGUCACUACGUCGAGGACUCCCGCGUCUCGGUGCCGGAGAGCGCAGUUACCUCCGCGAGCUGGAGCGCCGCAACUCACCCGCACUAUAUAGCAGGUCGCGCCAGACUUUGUCUGAGAACGUGCUGGAGAUAGACAACUCUCCGCCGGUUCAAAGCCAGCCACAUUCAUUAUUUACACAGAACCCCUUAACUGAGACGGAGUACUCAUUCGCAAGGUCGCCUGACGGAAGGUUCUGGUACAUGGGCCCGUCGUCCUCGUGGUCCUUCUGCCGGCGCGUCCUCGCUCUCCUAGGAAAGCAGGUCCCGGACGCAAACAAUCCUCCAGAUCCCUGGAACAUAGACGGCACAGCAUUUAUGUUGAAAUGGCAUCCGCUGUCUGCCGAUGAAACACCUGAUCUCUCCGACCUGCCUCCCAUGGACUACGGUCUGUAUCUACUUCACACGGUGCGUUUCCACUUUGGUCCACUGUUUUAUAUACUAGAUGAGGCCGCGUUUGUCCGCCACUUGCAUAUCUUUUAUCACAAGCCGGAGGAAUGCGUUGGUCACAUGCGCACUUGGUUCGCGCAGUACCUGCUCAUCAUAGCAUUCGGAAAGGCAUUUCUGGCGCCGAAUCGGCAGCCGAAUGCGCCUCCUGAUGGAUAUCAAUAUGCAUCACGGGCUAUGGCGCUUAUGCCGGACAUGUCUGGUGUACAUGCAGAUCAGUUGCAGUGUAUCCAGGCGCUUACAUUGGCAGCGCUGUAUUUUCAGUCUGUUGAUAUGCGAGUUGCUGCUUUCCAACAUAUAGGAUUCGCCCUUCGCGUCUGCAUUAUAGAAGGCAUUCACCGCCACGUUCCGGAGCAUUUAGAUGGUGAGGCAUUAACCCGCCGCUGCAAGACUCUCUUUUGGAUGGUGUAUAUGCUCGAUAGGGAUUUCUCCGCGCUUAUUGGGGCGCCGAGCUCCAUUCGCGACGAGGACAUUACGGUCAAGCUUUUUGCAGAGGGAAGUGCGGAGGAAAAGGCGCUUACACUGCAUGUCCAGCUCGCCAGGUUAAGUGCACGCAUUCUUACGACGGUAUACGGCGUCGGCGCCGACUUUGACGGAACUCUCCUGAAAGACACGCAAUCUAUCUUCCGUAAUCUGGCAGAACUCUCGCAGGACCUGAAUGACUUGUUGAAGACGCACUUUCAUGGCUCAUUAAGCCUGCGUCGUCCUCACAACUCGUCCGCUUGUAAUGUGCGCUCUUCACGCUCACAUCGAACACGCCCAGAGCCAGCCACAAACCCCGACCCACCCAACGCCGACACCUCUAGCCAUCCCGCUCUCUCCCGUUGUCUCAUCAUUACUGCAUUGCUGUGUUGA